UUUUCUCCCUCCUUGGGAAUGAAAACAGCAAAUCGCUCCAGAGUUUCUAAACGCUGCUCUACUUUCGAUAUCGUUUCACCUGAAAUCCAACUGGUUUGGGCGUGUUUUUUGUUGGCAGGGAAACAACUCCUGCACCGGAACCACCGACAGAUAGAUGAAGCAAUAGAUAUAAAAGCCAGCUCUAGUUUUAACCAACAAUGUCUGUGGUGGUUCAGAACAAACAGGGCUCGGUUCUGGAUGCACGCUCACUCAUUGAUCAGGGGUAUUCACGUUGCAUCCGACUGAGAGAUAGUAAACAUGUGAGGUGCUGUUUCAAGAGGCAGUGUUUUCAGGUUUUAAGCAGUCACUACAGUGUGAGCUCCAGUGCUGCUGUGGAGGCAGGAAACAAGGAUGUGUUGCAGAAAACAGACAAACCACCAAAGAAAAGGAAACGAAAACACAGUGAACUCAACCAGGGGGAAGUUGAUUCCCAGGCCUUCCAUGAGAAGAUCAGGUCUGUCGUCCUGGAGGGAACCAAGUCCUUGGUGGAUUCUGCCCGAUCCCUGGGAUAUCUAAACGGCCUGACAGACACAGAGAAAGAGCCUCUUCCCUCUCAGGAGUGCAGCCUCGCCGCUCUUUGUGAAAUGGCUAAAGAGCUUCCUCUAGUGGACGACGAGGAGCAGGAGGAGUGUGUGCAGCCACUUGUUGCUGAAGACGGCUGUACGUCACACGUGGACUUGUUCUCUCGGGUGACAGAGACCCGGGCGGCUUCAGUGGUCACACUGAUGGGAGAGGAAUAUGUAAUACCACCACACACCGCCUUCCUGCUCUCUGAUUUCACAAGAAUACAACCCCUUGUUCGGUAUGGAAGAAGGUUUGAGUUAAUAGUUAUGGAUCCACCGUGGGAAAACAAGUCUGUGAAAAGGAGCCGCAGGUACAGUUCUUUGCCCUCAUCGCAGCUGAAACAGCUCCAGAUACCCCUACUGGCAUCCCCGAACUGUUUAGUGGUCACCUGGGUCACAAACCGGCCCAGCCACCUGCGGUUUGUCCGUGACGAGCUGUAUCCUCACUGGGGUGUAGAAGUUAUAGCCGAAUGGUUCUGGGUCAAGGUGACCACAUCUGGACAGUUUGUGUUUCCACUGGACUCACAUCACAAGAAGCCGUAUGAAGUGCUGGUGCUGGGCCGAUAUCGCUCCUCUGCAGAUAACACCACGAGCUCUCCAGAGAGGUCAGAGGUUCCUGUGGAGGAUCAGCGUUUGAUCGUCAGCGUCCCGUCAGCUCUCCACUCCCAGAAGCCCUCACUCUCAGAAGUGUUAAAGCCCUACAUCGGAGCCGAAGCCGAGUGCUUGGAGCUGUUUGCCCGAAGUCUUCAACCUGGAUGGACCAGCUGGGGCAACGAAGUGCUAAAAUUUCAGCACACAAGCUAUUUCACCGUGACGCCUACAGAUGACGUAGCAGACGUCCCUAAAGACGAGGCCGCGGAUGACUGCUCAGACGAACCCACAGUGACUGAAUCCUCUCCUCCCCGACACUGUCCUGCCACUGUGGACUAAAGACCGACUUUCAACGCGUGUCACAUCAGUUUUUUAGUGCGUUUUCAAUAAAGAUUCAACACCAGUAUACUUCUA